CGGAGCCAGGCCAGUCUGUGAAAUGCCGUGAGAGGGGGAAGACGUACGCACCUCACUCCCUGUACUAUUCGUUGUCCCUAUCCUUAUAUUACCGACUCGCCGACCCGCCACGAAAGACCUACCGUUCGAACCCGCCUCGAGAUCACACCCGAGUCCCCGCGUCGAAGAGAUACCCGAAAUAUGGCUUGAGGAAGAAGCAGAUUGGGUCCCAUUGGUGUUCUGUCCUUGAGCAAUGGCGAAGCUCCUAGUGUUGGUGGUGGCGUGUAUUUGGGUGCUCCUGCCGCCCCACCUGCUCGCUGCCGCCUGCCCCGAGGUGUGCACGUGCCUCGGGGCCAUCGUCGACUGCUCCAAGGCUGGCAUCAAGGAAGUCCCCAAGGAUCUGCCGGAAUGGGCCGAGGAACUGGACCUGGGGGGCAACAAGGGCCUAAGGCUGACCCCCAACGCCUUCCAAGGACUCCCGGUGCUGCAGACACUGUACCUGAGGAAACUGAACCUGUCCUCGCUGCCACGCCUCGGCCACCUCCCCGCCCUCACCGAGCUGUUCCUGAGUGACAACCGCAUCAGCAAGGUGUCGGCGGUGUCUCUGGAAGGGCUGCCGCGACUCCUGCACCUCGAUCUCUCACGGAACAGGAUCACGAGGCUCUCCCACACGCCCUUCGCCAACGUGUCCCUCGCCAGGCUUAAUCUCAACCGCAACUUGCUGACGCGCCUCCCGCCGUCAGCCUUCCGUACGCUGACGUCCCUCGCCGAGCUCAAGCUGUCCAGGAACCUCUUGACGCCCUCGGCCUUCAACCUCAGCGACCCAGCCUUCGCCAACCUCACCAACCUCAGAAUACUUGACCUGAGCGGCAACAAACUGACUGACCUGCGCGGGCUUGUCUUCGAGCACCUCAAGAAGCUCCGAAUCCUGCGACUCAGACGGAACGGUAUUCAGACCUUCAGUGACGGUGCGCUCUACGGCCUCGACUCCAUUGAGAAGCUGUACUUGGACUACAACAACCUGACCACCAUCCGUAGCGGCCUCCUCUUCGGCCUCAAGUCCCUGGGCCACCUCUCCUUCAAGAGCAACCAGAUACACUCCAUCCGCGCCGACACAUGGCAGUCCACCGAGCGCCUCCAGUCCUUGGACCUGAGUGACAACCGGAUGGUGGUGGUGCGUGAGGGUACCUUCCGUGGGCUGGGGCGCCUCACCUCCCUCAGCCUGGCACACAACCACCUGGCACACAUUGAGCAGGACGCCUUCAAGACAACGCCCAGCCUCAUUGACCUGGACCUGGGCCACAAUGGGCUGCGCUGGAGUGUGGAGGACAACAGCGGUGUGUUCACCAGCCUGACGCAGCUCAAGAGCCUCUCGCUGGCACACAACAACAUCGAGACCAUCCACGUGGAGACCCUGAAGCCGCUGGUGUCACUGACCUCCCUGGACCUGAUGGGCAACCAGCUGCGCACGCUGCCCCACAACCCUUUCUCCGGCCUGAUCCACCUGUCCUCCGUGGCCCUCAACACCUCCAGCCUGGUGUGUGACUGCCACCUGUCCUGGCUGCCCAGCUGGCUCGCCUCCAUCACCGGCAACACCUCUGCCUCUUCCGGCAAGUCCUCCUCCACCGUGGAGUGCGGGUACCCGCCCGCCCUGCAGGGCCGCCGCGUGGCCUCCCUCAUGGGCACCGAGUUCAGCUGCGAGUCCUCGCCACGGCCGGUCAUCAGCCACUCGCCGGAUGACCGUGUGGCACUGUACGGCACCAACGUGACGCUGGCGUGCGUGGCGCAGGCCGGCGAGGGCGGCGCACAGGCCCGGUUCAUCUGGCGCAAGGACAACCAGCUGCUGGUGGACUUCCCGGUGACCACCACGGAGCAGGCGGUGGAGGUGGAGGGCCAGCUGCUGCACAACAUCACCUCACGGCUCCUCCUCACCAAUGUGUCUGAGGCCGACAGCGGCAACUACCAGUGUGUCGUGCGCAACGACUUUGGCGCGAGCUACUCCCGGCGCGCCCACAUCCAGGUGCACAUCUACCCUUAUUUCACCAAGAGGCCCGCCAGCGUGGCCGUGCGCAUCGGUGAGGCGGCCCGGCUGGAGUGUGCGGCCACCGGCUCCCCUCCGCCGGAGAUCUCGCUGCUCAAGGAUGGCGGCGAGGACUUCCCGGCGGCCCGGGAGCGCCGCAUCUUUGUGCACUCCAAUGAGACGCUGUUCUUCAUCAAGCCGGUGGCGCCGCACGACGAGGGCGUCUACACCUGCCGCGCCACCAAUGUCGCCGGCACCGCCUCCGCCCACGCCACACUCACCAUCAGGCAGAUCCCGGAGUUCACCAAGCCACCCAAGGAUGAGGUCGCCACGCUGGGACACAAUGCUGUGCUGGAGUGCAGGGGUACGGGUCUGCCCAUCCCCAAGCUGACGUGGACCAAGAACGGGGAGACCCUCACCAACGACGGCCACUACCUGCUGGUGGACGACAACCAGUUCCUGCUCAUCCGGGAGACGCGCCUCGAGGACCUCGGCACAUACACCUGCGAGCUGACCAACGUCCUCGGCACCUCCAGGGAGCGCAUCAACCUCACCCUCAGAGACUCGUCGAGCAGCAGCAGCACCACCACCGGCAUCGUGGUGAUCGUGGUGGUGUGCUGCGUGGUGGUGACCUCGCUGGUGUGGGUCAUCAUCAUCCACCAGACCAGGAGGCGCACGCAGGCCGCCGCCAACCUGACCAGCCCUGCCGCCUACCCCAGGGAUGAGGGCGGCCUGGCACGCUACCCCGCCCCGCCCCGCCACGGCCUGGCCGCCCACCACCACCUCACCUCUGAGCUGAUGCACAACAUGACGCCGCUGCUGGGGGGCGUGCCAGACGGCUACCCCGGGGCACAGGACAGCGGCUCAGAGCACUCCAGCGGCAAGGACUCCGGCACGGGGGACUCGGCGCAGCGCUCCAACGAGGACCUGCUGCCCCUGGACCUGAGCCGCCCCGGCCUGCGACGCUCCCUCAUCAUCUGCGGCGACUCACGGGGCUCACCAGUCAUGAGGGGCGUGGGCGGUGCCGCUGACCCUCCCCUGGGCUGCGAGGAGGUGGUGGGCCGCCCGGUGCUGUCCACCUUCAGCCCGCAGCACCUCUCCCCCGGCAGCUACGGCCCCGCCCCGCACUACACCGCCAGCCUCCGCCGCGGCUCAAACUCCCGGCUGCUACCCGUGUCCUCCCCCGUCACCCCCUCCUCCACACUGCCCCGUGGCCCCCCCCUGCACUACCAGCACUGCUCCCCCUACCAGUCCGCCUCAGGCUCCCCCUGCUCCUCCGAGGCACACAGCCGGGGCAGCCCCCCUGCCCGGCGGCACUCCCCUGAUGGCGGGGACGGGGCUGAUGAGGGGCGGGGGUGUGGCCUGCAGCGGCACCGGCAGCCCAACAGUGACCUGCCCAGCGUGCACAGCGGCGAGGGGCCAGCCCCCACUGCCGCCGCCGCCACGCACAGCCCCCGCGCCUCCGUGUGCAGCGACGGUGACGGCCGCAGUGAGCUGGACCUGAGGAUGGACACGCCGGAGGUGCAGUUCAGCGACCACACGCCGCCCACCCGCCCGAUGGAAGUCAGAUAAUGGCCGCCGGCCGGUGGGAUGGAUGAGCCUGGCCGCCGCCGCCCCUGCGUGUAGGCAUUCCUCAGCCUCUGGAGGACGUGGAGGCUUUGUGGCCGUUGUCUGCAUAAAGCAGCGUGGAGAGUCUGUACAUAGUGUAAAUAGUAACGAGUAAAGCUGGACUUUAUGCACACAGACACUAACUGUUUGAGACAGUUCAGGACUCACACGAGUCACGGCAGCAGAAGCUGCAGACCCCGGCCAGGACAACCCUGUGCCCCGGCCCCUCGCGGCCACUCUCACCACUGCAGGAUGACUGGGCCACACGGCAGGAACCCAACUCUCACGUGGCAGCAGCAGCAGCAAUGUGCUGGGCGGAGGCUUGGUGUGAAGGUGACGCUGGUGUCAUGGCUCUGAAGAACACAGGACGAGGGUCACCUCAGGGGCGUGGCGCCCCCCCUCCCCAGACUGCCUCAAGGAGCCCUGCACCUCACUGCACACACUCAAGGCUUCCUUCCACUGCUGGAAGAGAAGAGUGAAGACGCAUAAUUCAUCGUAAUUCUGAUCCGUCCCAGUGUCUUGCCGCAGCACAGUGGUGUCAGCAGUGCCACCAACACUUCCCUCCAAGAAGAGUAAGCAAAAUCAUCCCUCCAAGAAAGUACAGCAAUCAAAAAUGUCCCUCGGAUAGAAAACAAAACUUCCCUCCAAGAAAGAGCCUAGCAUUGAAGCACAUCAGAGAAUCUUCCCUCCACUGCAGAGUAAACAAAAGUCCCUCCAAGAAAUAGUAAACAAAAAUGCCCCCUUAAGAGAGAGGGCAACAUAGGACACUUCCCUUCAAGACUCCCUCACCUCUUCGGCAGCCAGAGUAAAAUCAAAACAAAGCGUCUCAAGUGAUUUUCACCGACGGGAGGGAACGGAAUGAGCCCCAAGGAACCCCAGAGCCGCUGUGUUACACCCCGGGCCAGGCCGAAGCGAGUCUGGGGGCGCGGCGCUACCCUGAGUGUGUGUGUACAUGCGUGUGUUAGUGCGCUGGGACGAGACGAGAGAGACAGAGGAGCCAAAACAAACGUCGCGAUGCAGUGUUGUUCCGUAGGUUUUAUUUUCGUAUCGUAGAAGAAAAAACGAGAAAAACAAAGUGUCGUUUGUGUUCCUUCGUCUACUUAGAUUAUUUUUAUAUUUGAUUUCUCUCGGAUUACUUCUUUAGGAACAUCUUUUCUCGCAUGCGUCGCCGUCUCGUAGGAAGGAAAGAAGUGUGUGUCUGUCGCCGCUGUCGUGCAGUCGCUUCUUCUUCCUCUUCUUCUUCUUAGUGUGUUGUAACGUAUCGCUGUCCAGUCCAGAGGGAGGGCGUGUGUGUGUGUAUGUGUGUGUGUGUGUUUUGGAUGUAGGAGUGAGGGAGUGUUUAAAUAAAGGUAAAAGUGAGUAGGUGAAAAAAAUGAAGGAAGGAAGGACUGGGUGAGUGAAAGAAUGAGUGACUUAAGAGUAAAGGAAUGAGUGAAUGUGUGUGUGUGUGUGUUAUGGGUGAAGGAGUGAGGGAGUGUUUAAAUAAAGGAAAAAGUGAGUAGGUGAAAAAAUGAAGGAAGGAAGGACUGGGUGAGUGAAAGAAUGAGUGACUUAAGAGAGUAAAGGAAUGGGUGAAUGUGUGUGUGUGUGUGUGUGUGUGUCCUCGCCCUCCCCCCUCCUCUUCCUCCUGUGCAUGUGUAGCAGCGCGUAGUUCGUUCCUAACAGUCGUCAAGUUCAAAUGCUGCAAGUCUGUGUUGUGACCUAGGCUAGUGGGGUGUGGCGAGAGAGAGAGAGCGAGAAAGAGAGAGAGAAAGAGAGCGAGAGCAAGAGAGAGAGAGAAGCCUCACGUAGGGGUAUGCUGGCCAGUUCCUGCGCACCACUCUGAUAAAGCACAGUACUGCGACCUGCUGCCAUUCAUAAAAGGGUGAUAAGAAGGGUGAGUUUCAUGAAUGGCAAAGUUUGAGUACAAUUUUUUUUUCUACAUCAAAGGAAGCAGCUUAACCCGGUAGCAGCGACGGGCCAAAUUUGUGGCUUUACCGCGUAGCAGCAACGGGCCAAAUUUGUGCCAUGAUAUAAACCCCCAAAAUUGAUGAUACAUAAACUGAUCACAAAGGCUUUGAUAUAUACUGUUGAGCCUCGCUAACUCGGACUAAUAGGGGGAAAGGUUGGUCCGACAACAGGAAUGUCCGACAUAGACGAUUUACCCAACCCCCCUCCCCCAAAAAAGAACCUCAAAAGCAAACCUAAAAUACACUCGACCCUCGAUUCAACGGCUGGGUAGGUUUGUCCGGUGCACUUGGCCGCGGCUAAGUGCACGCGUGCAGACAGCCCCGGCCGCGUGCCGGGACCGAACAGCUGACGGGCGGCUGAUGACGGUGAUGGCAAUGCUGAGCGUCGGCAGCAGGGCCCCCGCAUCGGCGCCGCUUGAGCGGAAUCCCCAUCGUGCGUGUGUGGCUGUAUUUGUUGUGGGUUUGGGCUUCUCAAUUUGCCGAUUCCCAUCCUCCACAUGUUGCGUGGGACUCCUUUACUUUCUUCCAUCUCUUCUUUUUGAGAAAGAAGAGAUGGGGGGGGGGGGUCCCGCACAACAUGUGGAAAACAAGAGUUGGCAAACUGAGGAGCCCGGGCCCGCAGUGGGCACAGCCACACACCCGCGGGCCCCAACGAAAACACCGCCCGGGCGGCGCCGAUGCAGGGGUGACCUUCCUCUUCACCCCACUUGGUCUUGAAGCUCUUGAGGACAUGUUGGCACAAAAAGUCACACAUGUCAAUCACAAUCUGGCUUAAAAAUAGUAGAAAUAACAACAGCAACCACGUGGUGCUUGCAACGCUGCUAUGUAAACAACACGGACCGACGGCCAGCUGUCGGUCAAAGUCUGUACUGCCGGGCACAACCACAACUCUGACUUUAGUCCACUGCUCCUGUGAAAGAAAACAGAAUGAGUGGCAAAGUACAAAAUAUAUAGAGUCCUUUUCUUGUUUUAUGUGAGUUCAAAUUAUGUGUUUUUAAAGAAUGUGAUGCAAAAAACAAAAGUUUAUUUUAUUAUUUUAUUUUUUCUGAAGUGAGUGUGAAUGGACGAGUGUGUGUGCAGGAACUGGCCGGCACCCGAGUGUCUGCUUCACGCAUUUACCGCCACAGCGAUGCGAGGGUCACGUGUUGUACCUUUAAGUCGAGCGCAAACUAGUCACCUUCUGACGUAAGCCGUUAACAUGUCACAACCGCCAACUGCAGCUUGUCUACCUGGUACCUCCCCUUCCAUCACCUCCCCCAUCACUCAUCACAAACUUCUUCCUUUCUCCCUCCCACCCUUUUUUCCUUCCCUUUCUGUUUCCUCCUUUUCUCCCUCCAUUCAUUUCAUUCUUUCUUUUACCGAUCUAUUAACCCACCCAUCUCUCCUCCCCUCCUUUUUAGUCCCUACCUUCCUCCCCUCUUCCUUCUCCCCCUACCUUUCUUCUUCCACCCUUCCUUCUUAUCACCUUCCUUUCUUCCUCCAGAUUUCCCUUCCCCUUUCCUUUCUCUCCCUACUUUCCUCCAUACCAUUAUAUCCCCCCCCCCCACAUAAGGGCAGGGUGCAGGCAGCUUCCCAAACACACCCAGGCAAAGGAACCUUCAGGGACACACACUCACACAACAAAAAGAUCUCUCAUUACGUUUGAACCUCGGUAGAUCUCAAAACACACACACACACGCACACACACACACACACACACACACACACACACACAGAAAGCCUACCUCCCCCCUCUCCCCUCCCCACUCCCUUGCCUGGAUGUGUGCCCCUCCCCCCUUCCUACCCCCCCCCCAUCGCCUCAUCAGUGUUUAUUGUAUUUUGAAGACUCGCCGAUUGAAACGUCUCAUUAACUAAAAAAAGAAAAUAAUAAUGCGUUUAAUGAAAUAAAUUGUUUUGUUAUUAUUGACGUUGAUUUUGUUGAAAGAUUAAUUAUUUUAUGUUGAUUUGUUCGAUGUAUGUUCUUGUGUGUGGGUUGGUCUGGGGGGUUAGUGUGUGUUUGGUAGAGGAAUGAGUAGUAGUAGUAGUAGUAGUAGUAGCAACCCUCUGGAAAAACAUGUAUUUUAUCUGAGGAAUAAAUUUACUACUACUACUACUACUACUACUACUACUACUACUACUACUUCCACUUCCUUCUCUUCUCCUUUUCCUCUUCUUCCUUCUUUUCUUCUAACUAUGUGAAAAUCCAACACUUCUUCUCACUUCUAUUCAUCUUCUUCCUUCUUCUUCUUUUCCUCUACUACUACUACUACUACUACUACUAUUCCAGGCAUUAAAAUCAUCACUCCUCCACCACACACACUAACACUGCCACACAAGACCCAACUUUCUCACAAGCGUACAUAUGCAGUAUUUAUAUUUAUCUAUCUGUUAAUUAUUUUAUGUUUCCGACGUGACGACUUCGAGGAAAAGUCUAUACACUGAACAAAUCACUGGAGUCACCGAUGUUGAUGUUUCCGGAGCGUACAGCUGGGCGUCGUAAAUGUAAUAGUAGGCCUUGCAGCACAUGUGUAUAAGUAUAAUAGGCCUGGUUUGUUAUAGAUGUUGUGUUAGUGUUUGUUAGGUUAGGUGUGGCUGGGCUGUUUCCUUUUAUCCCAUUAUUAGCAGUCUUUCGAACCAUUCAGUGGGCGGCUUGAAUUUUUUAAGCCGUUUUUCAUAGUCUUUCUUAAUAAUUCUGGGGUUGAUUUUGUAUUUUUUAGGCAGUUUUUUUCAAGGGGUAAGUUAUUUUGUUGAUUUUUUUUUUUUACGAGUUUGUAAUAUGUCAUCUUGAGUGUGUGAAAAUCCAGCACCUUUUGUCAUUCCUCUUUCCUCUGUUUCAUUUCCUUCCUUUUCUCUUCUUUUCUUCUCUACUUUGUGAAAAUCCAACACUUCUUCUUACUCUUCUUCUGUGUGAAAAUCCAACACUUAUUCUCCUUCCUCCUCUUCAUCUUCUCUUCUAACUCCUUUUCAUCUCCCUUCCUUCUCUUCUUCUUCUAACUCCACCCCAUAAACAGAAUUAAAAGCAAGCCAAACCAGCCACAUACCUUAACAAACACUAACACAACCUCUAAACAACCAGGCCGUAAUAGGCAGGACUAAUAAUGCUAUACUUAAGUUACCUAUAAAAAAUGAAAUAAAAGAAAACCAGCUAAGAGAGAGAGAGAGAGAGAGAGAGAAAACGGUAGGAGUAGGGAAAGCAAUGACUAAUGUAACCCCUAAUCGGACUGUUGUUGUGAGGCUUCUAAGGUUGUGACAUAUUAACUGUUGUUCGUGUAAUGUUCAGUCUCCUCGUGGUGUUCCGCUAGGUUCUUCUCCUCCUCCUAACCUGUACAGACCUAGUUUUGUAGUUCUUCGUGAUGAUUUGUUUUGUGAGAUGUUUUGUACAGAUUCGACCCUUUGAACGUGAUGUCUGUAGCUGACUCCUACCUUCCCCUUCUCCUCCUAUACUCUGGUUCCUUCCUCUUCUUGCUCCUCCUCCUCCCCAAUACCUUAUGCUACCUCUUCCUCUUCCUUCCCCUCCUCCUUGUUCACUCCAGUUCUUUCCUCUGUCUUCUCCUUCUCCUCCUCCUCCUCCUGUACCCCCAGUCCUUUCCUCUGCUUCCUCCUCCUUUACCCCAGUUCCAUCCUCUUCUUCCUACUCCUCCUCCUCUUCCUCCUGUCUGUUUCCUUGUCCUUCAUCUUCACUCUCUGCUUCCUCUUCCUCCUCAUAUCCUCUUUUACUCCCUUGCCUCCUCUCCCCCUCCUCCUCCUGCAGGCCACAAGACAUCGAAGACAUCCUGAGGGAUACUAACUAUUAAGUUAUUAAGAAUCCUCCUCUGCAGCCUCCCUUCCCUUUUCUUUAAUAAAAUUGUGAAUAUGAAA